AUGAUGAAAUAUUUCGAGAAACAUAGGGUGGCGCGGUGCAACUGCCUGACACCGGGCCAGAUUUCGACGCUAAUGGCACUUGGAGUUCAGCUGCCUAGCAGUCUCAAGGUUAUGAUCUCCGCAGGCGAGGGCCUGCCGAUGGCAACUGCUCGUCAGUGGUGCGAACGGUAUCCGCACGUCGAGCUGCUGUCGAACUAUGCUUGCACGGAAACAGCUUCGGACAUCGCGAUGCUGAAGAUCACCGAACAGAUUUUACGAAUUGACAUGCUCUACGCGCCGUUAACGGACGACCGCUUGUCGUGGAACAACAAGUUCCUCAUCCAAGAUGAGGAGCUUAUAAUCCAAGGAUGGAACAUUGCCUCCGGAUACCUGCCUCCGGCAAAGUCUAAUGCCUUCUCUUCGUCCUCGGAUGGGAUUUCCAACGUGUACCACACAGGAGACCGCGUGCAGAUGAGAGACGGAUAUCUCUUCAUAAUGGGACGUGUGGACAAGGUUGUGAAGGUCCGCGGCUUCCGGGUAGAUCUGGAUGGGCUGGAAGCAAUCCUGGCAAAAUGUCCCUAUGUCACUGAUUCAGCUGUUGCAAAGCACAACGACAACUUGUACUGCAUCAUUUUGACACCGGACUUGCCUGCGGUGCAGGCAUUCGCCCAGGAAAACUACGCCCAUGCGUCUCUCAUUGUUUGGCUGCAUGUAGAUUCGAUACCCCUGACAAAGUCUGGAAAGAAAGACCGCGCCGCCAUCCGGAAGCGGCUCGAGCAGCAGACUCUGCGUGAGCAGAGCACCGAGCAGGCUGAGCAGGCCAGCGUGACGCCAGAGGAAGAACGUGUUGCCGAAGCCGUCAAAGAGGUGCUGGGCCGCUCCAUUGAUCGGAACACGAGCUUUACGCAGGCUGGGGGCCACUCCCUGGCUGCCAUGAGGAUUGCAAAAAUCCUCGAGAUUUCAGCUCAAAUGCUUUUCGCCUUCCCAACGAUUGCCUUGCUUGCCAAAGCGCUCGCGGAAAAGGCCGGGGACAGGCCGUCGCUCAGGCCACCGGCCGGUAUGAAGGCUUCUUCGAGCAGUGGCCCACUGGCUGUCACCAGCAUGGCUUGUCGGGUACCUGGGGCCGAACAUCCUGCAGAGUUUUGGGCGAAGCUCCAGGAGGGAGCGCUGAUGACGACCAAGCUGCCUUGCAAGAUUUGGCAGAUACCACGAAAAGGUGUCGUGCCAGAUCAUGGCUUCGACUGUCAGUUCUGGAACACCACGCCCGCUGCCGCAGCUUUGCUGGACACAUCGCAGCGGGCAAUCCUUGAGGUGGCCUACGAAGCCCUACAAGCCCUGGGGACGCCUGUGAUCUCUGGUGGUCGCUUACAAGGCUUGGAGCUGAGGAGCAAGGAGGUCGGCGUGGCCGUGUGCGGAGGUUCGCUGAACCACUGGACGGAACAGCUGGGAAUCAACCUCGAGCACUGUCGGACACAGCGGCCCGACGAGUACUUCAACCUCGAGGUGGGCACAGACAAGGAUUACCUUGCCACGAGCAUCGCAUACCGCUUCGACCUCGCCGGCCCUGCGGAGGUGGUUCAAACAGCUUGCAGCUCCGCUCUGGUUGCGAUCCGAAGAGGGGUGCAAAUGGUCAGGGCUGGAGAUUGCGAGAGUGUGGUUUCCGGCGGAGCUUCCUUCUCUCCAGACGCCCCCAUCAAGUACGUGGAUGGCCUUAUUUGGGCCCGGGACGGCGUUUGCCGGCCGUAUGCUGAGGGGGCUAAUGGUACAACCAACGCAGACGGCGCAGGAGUCGUCGUCCUCUCACUUUUGGACGCAGCGAAGGUGGCAGAACAUCCGAUACUCGCGAAUGUUCUAGGAGCUGCGGUGAACAACGACGGCUCCCGCAAAGCCCACUUCUCUGCGCCCAGCUACCAGGGUCAGGUGGAGUGCGUCUCCCGGGCGCAUGCUGAUGCUGCCCUUCAAGAAGGCUGGCAGCUGGAUUACGUGGAAGGGCAUGGAACCGGAACGAAGAUCGGAGACCCGCUGGAAAUUCAUGCGCUGACGCAGGUGCUGGAGCAGGAGCCCCGCGUAUACCUGGGCUCCGUCAAGGGCAACGUGGGGCACCUGAACACCGCCGCAGGAGUCCCGGGCUUCAUCAAGGCUGUUAUGAUGCUGAACCGGCAGAUGCUGGUUCCAAGCCUGUUCGCAGACACUCCGACGAAGGAGGUGGACUGGGGCAGGACCCCUCUUUUGCUAGCAUCCGAAGCCAUGAAGUUCGAUUGCCGACUGACGGGAGUGAGCUCUUUUGGCGUAGGCGGCACCAAUGCACACGUGGUUCUGGGUCGCGGCGGCGAGACACAGCAGCUGCCACCAGCAAUGGAAUGGGUGCGGACUCCUGUCCGAGAGCUCCUGGCGGCUGCGCCGGCCUCCGCACCGGCCGCACCGGUCACUGCCAUGGGCACAUCACGAGAGAGGACGCUGGAGGAGUGGUUCUACGAAGAGAGCCGGGAGCAGGUUCGGCUCAGCCCUGCUAGACUGACUUCGGCUGCGGUGCUUUUGGACGGACAAAGUAUGCCUGAGGGCCUGCCUGGCUGCAUAAUCCCGACGACAUGGAGCCGGGCGAUGAAAGCAGCAGCGGCUGCAGGCAGGGCCUUCAUCUUCGUCGGCUCCAGCACCGAAGAACCUGGCGUGGAGGAUACCACCCAGGAGGACCUUCUGCUUCAUUGCAUGGCCUUCCUGAAACGGUUGGCUCGUGGCGCUCAUGGGCUCCAGAUCUUCUUCGUUCUGCAGGAUUCAGUCAGGUAUGCCGGGCUCCUCGGUUUGCUUCGCUCGGCGUCCAAGGAGCACCCGGAACUGAAGCUCCGCAUCCUGCGCCGAGAGGGGGCAGCCAAUGUCCUGUUGCCAGCAGUUGCAGGCGAAUUCCUCUGCACCGACACAGGCACCUUCGCACCACGACUGCAGCGCUGUACGGCGCCAUUGCCCUUAGACGAUGCACCCAGGGCCCGGUGCACUCUGGUCACUGGCGGUUUGAGGGGUCUCGGCCUGGCUGUGGCCCAGCGCCUGGCGGCCACGAAGAGGACCGAAUCCUUGAUUCUUAUUGGGCGCCGUGCCCCUCAAGGUGCCGCAGCGGAUCGAGUUCGAGAACUUUCAGGACUUCUGCCUGUGGAGGUCAUUUGCUGUGACGUGGCAAGCUGGCAAGAGGUCUCCAAGCUGCCCGAUCAGUGCGACUUGGUGAUCCAUUGUGCCGGCGCUGUCAAGGAUGGUGUGAUCAUUAACUUGACGGAUGCAGAUGCCCUGAAGGUCCUCCGCCCCAAGAUCCGUGGGGCCAUCCAUUUGAGGAGCAAGUAUCCGCACGCAAAGAAGAUGGCAUUCUCGUCUUCAUCGGGGCUCUUUGGCGUUCCGGGCCAGUCCACCUAUGCGGCAGGCAACACCUUUGUCGAUGCGGUCAUGCCAUCCAUUCAGUGGGGAGGUUGGGGCGAGACCGGCAUGGUGGAAGACCACGGAAUCAAGCCUCUUCCUGGCGAGCGCUUCUUCACCGUUGAGCGCGGCCGUGAGUGGUUCAAGGCCAUCAAGGCCCGAGCCCCAGAUCAGAAAGCAGAGAGGGCCUUCAAACCCGACAGUGAGGGGAGGGAGCGUGCUCUCGCCCUGCCAUUCGAGCACAAGGGCAAGGUCGCAGCCCUACGCGCCUCCACCAACCCCGUUCUGCCGGGCGACAUCGGGGGGAACGGCGUUUUACCUUGCCAAGUCGAUCAGCCGCAAGGGGGCGACCUAGUGAAGCACGCCGGGGAGAACAACAUGGCGACCGGAGCAGGGCUCGAGAUGCAAGUCGACCAUCAGGGGAAUUCCCCUACGAAGAGACGAGCACCGGACAAGCAAGAGGACAUGGCACUCAACAUCGACAUCAUUCGAGAAGCUAUCCGGGGGGAACUCAAGGACGCCCUCUCUGAUGUCAAACAAGACUUGCGCACCUUUGCCACGCGGGUAGACAACGUUGAAAGCCAGGUGACUAGGAAGAUGCAGCAAACUAUCAACCUGCUGGACGACAUGACCGCCAAGUACGCAGCCCACGGGGACAUGUUGCAACAGCUCCAAGAGGCCAACAGGGAAGUGAACCUCCGACUCGAACGUCUCGAAAAAGGCGGGGGAGCUUCCUCCGUGGCCGGGAGCACAACAGCUUCCGACAACUCCCGACGCCCCGCGCUGAUCAUCGGGGGAUGGGACCCAGACCAGGACGCUGCAACCACAAAAGAAGCAGCGGGGGACGUCUUGAAGACAGUGGGCGCGCCCAUCGACCUGGGCCCUCUCUUCGUCCCUGGCGUCCGUCGAGGAUACGCGAUCCUGCCCAUCGACGAACCAAUGGGGGAGACCUUUGAGCAGCGCAAACAACGCAUUCAGGAGGUCAUCGCAAAAGUCAGGGAUGCAAACGUCCAACUUGGACGUCGACCGGACGGGGGGACAAGGCGAGUUUGGAUUGCUAUGUCGCAACCUCCCGACCGACGCCGCCGAGCACGCCUCGCAGCCAAGGUGAAGCGCUUGUACCUUACCUUGGGAGGGGAUAAGAAUGCCCUUCAAAUGGAGUUCAGCACGGGUACCGCCUGGAUCAACGGCGUGAAGGUCAGCUCAGCAACCGCCCCCAAACCCGGGGGAACAGAGGACGCUGGCCCGGGGUGGAUCAACCUGUCCGAGAUCGCCAAGGCAACAAGGACCGCUCCGGAUGCAGCCUCCACGGCCUGGUCUCCGCUCAAGGCGGAGAUCAACUGA